GCAAAUAUAUCGGGGAUAAAAGCAAGAUUUAUAUCAACCUCUUCAUUGUGAAUAACACGACGUUUCGGAGUGUAUGCUUGCUCCUUCAUCGGUGGACUGCCUUGAUGUGUGUCACGGUGGUGAAAGGAGAAGUGUCAAAGUCGUCUUCGGUGUGAUACUUCUCUUGAACACUGUUGCUGGUAUUAUUGCCGUCGUCGCCAUCGUUUACAGUGCAACAUCACCGGGAACAGCACGGAAUAACCCAGCGUUGAAUGUAGCCUGGGAUGAGGCAUACAGGGGGUUGGAACUAUCGAACCAGGAACAGCCGCAAGGUACAUGUCGAAGACGCUCUAUCAGAUCUUCAGUUCCUCAAUCUACUGAAGCCAGUGUCACAUUUCAGAUCUUCAGUUCAGGGCUGGAUUUCGAUACAAGAACAGCAGUGCAACCUGGUUCUCUCUCAGCAAUGAGGAACUGGGCCAACCCUGAUGGUUCUGACAGAAAGCUCCUGUACAAUGGAAUGCGUUACAAGAACGGCUCCAUCACAGUACCAGCACCAGGAGUGUACCACAUCACAAGUCACGCCAAGUUCUACAUCGAGGGACAACAGGAAGGAUGACAAGUCACUCCAGACAUUCCAGCACCAGGUUGUCCGCUAUAGUGCCUCCAGCCAGACGCAGGUCGUGGUUGUUUGAGAAUGCUGUGACUGAGUGUAGAGAGGGUAUCAACGACGGAGCUCACCUGGAAUACCCGAGUGAUGCUGGUGGACUGGCUCAGUUGGAUGCUGGAGAUCAGGUGAUGGUGAAAGUAUCACAUUUACAGACGCUGAAGCAUGAUCGUGACUGGCACUAUUUUAAUGUGAAUAUAUUAUAGCGGGAAGUGUGAGUGUCAGUACCACUUAAUGGUGAUGUGACUGGCACUGUUUUGAUGUACAUAUUGUAUAGAGAGAAGUGUGAGUGUCAGUACUACUUAAUGGUGAUGUGACUGGCACUGAUUUGAUGUACAUUUUGUAUAGUAUGACAAGAAAUUAUUGAGAAUUUUAGGAAUAUGUUUAAUCGGAUUUCUAGUAUAAACAACCUUGACCAGCUA